AUAUAUUAUUUAUUUUAUAUUUUACAUCAAUAUCAAUGACGCAAAAUGCCGCGGUGCCUGCGGGGUAAACGUUCACACGGUUGCCCGAAUUAAAAGCAACACAGCGCAACUUCGACUUGACGAUCGACAAUUGUAAACCCACUCUACUUCCAACUUCGUAUCAUCCUCUUCCAAUCCUCUUCACUCUACGCAAUGUCUGCCUACCCCGCAUACACCAUGGGUGCCCUCUGCAUCGUCGGCGGCGUCACUGGGUAUGCAAGAACUCGUUCAGUUCCUUCACUUGUCGCUGGCGUCGGUGUUGGUCUCCUGUUCCUGUGGAGUGCAGAUGUCAUCAGGAAGGGCGCGCCAAAUGGGUUGGAAGGCGCCUUGGGUGCUUCGGCCUUACUCCUGCUCUCAUCUCUUCCCCGCAUUACUAAGGGCCCGGUACCCCUUGUGCUUGCUGCAACGAGCAGUGCUGCAGGUGUAUACUAUGGCACGAAGGUGUACAACUUACGCAACUAGUGAAACCAGGCUGUCUCCUUGUAGUAUCUGUAGCGCGAUUUUUACUCAAUUAUCAUUAGGUUUCCUCUGUCCUUGCCUGUACUUCAAGUAAGCUUCAGGAUGUUGAGCGCUCAACCCGGCAUGCAGCAUGUCAUGGCACAGCCGGUAACUAAAAGCAUGACGACAGCUCGAAUUGGUAAUACUGGAGGUGAAGACAUAAGGAAAAGACUUAAGACGAUUAGAGCAAUGAUGCCAC